AUGGCAGUCGCAGACAUGGAACGUGGAAUGGGUGGAAGAAUCGAAGCCGCAUUCGAAGCCGCCAAGGCUAAGGGCGAAGCUGCUUUCAUCACAUUUAUCACAGCUGGAUACCCGACUCGUGCAGACACUCCCGCCAUCUUGAUGGCUAUGCAAGAGGGAGGAGCCUCCAUUAUUGAAUUGGGUGUCCCAUACACUGAUCCCCAAGCUGAUGGAGCCACUAUUCAACACACCAACCAAGUCGCUAUUGCUGGAGGAACCUCCGAAAUCGGCGCUUGUUUGGAAUUGGUCAAGGCGGCCCGGGAUAUGGGUUUGACUGUUCCAGUUGUUCUUAUGGGAUACUACAACCCUUUCCUCCAAUAUGGAUCUGAAAGGCUAUGUUCUGAGACCAAGGCAGCUGGUGCGGAUGGUUUCAUUGUUGUCGAUCUUCCACCUGAGGAGGGAAUUGAAUUGAACAAGGCCUGCAUCAAGCACGGACUUUCCAACGUCCCUUUGGUCGCCCCGACAUCUAGUGACAAGCGUAUUGCUUCUUUGACCGAAAUGGCUUCGUCCUUCUUGUAUUGCGUUUCCGUCACUGGUGUUACUGGUGCCCGUGACACUCUUCCACCAGAUCUCAGUGACUUCAUCAAGCGUGUUCGUAGUCACACGCAAUUGCCAUUGGCGGUUGGAUUUGGAAUCUCUUCCCCUGAAAUGGUCAAUGGAGUUUCUAUGAUGGCUGAUGGCUGUGUUGUUGGAUCCGCUAUCUUGAAUGCCAUGGAGAAGGAAGGAAAGGACGCCACCACUGAACAGCGUGCUGCUGCCGUCAAGAAGAUUGUUGCCCACCUUGCCGCUGGAACCAAGCAGCAAGAGGGAGCUCAGAACCAAGCCACCAAGUUGGGACAAAUCCCCAAGGAGUGGGCAGGAAAGCCAAACAAGUCCAUGUUUGGAAAUUUUGGCGGACAAUACAUUCCAGAAACUCUUUCUGUUGCCUUUGAAGAAAUCGAAGAGGCUUACGACAAAAUCAAGGACGAUCCUGAUUUCUUGGCCGAGUUGGACUACUACCGUCGCGAGUUUGUUGGUGGACCCACUCCUCUUCACAAGGCAGAGCGUUUGACCAAGAUGGCUGGAGGUGCCACUAUCUGGCUCAAACGUGAGGAUUUGGCCCACACUGGUGCCCACAAGAUUAACAAUGCUAUUGGACAAGCACUUUUGGCCAAGCGCAUUGGCAAGCCCCGCAUCAUCGCAGAGACUGGCGCCGGACAACACGGUGUCGCUACUGCUACUGUCUGCGCCAUGAUGGGAUUGGAUGCCACCGUUUACAUGGGCGCCGUCGAUUGCGAGAGACAAAAGUUGAACGUUUUCCGUAUGAACACCUUGGGAGCCAAGGUUGUCCCCGUUGAGGCAGGUCAAAAAACCUUGAAGGAUGCCAUCAAUGAGGCCAUGCGUGAUUGGGUCACCAAUGUCCGCGACACUCACUACUUGAUUGGUUCCGCUGUUGGACCCCACCCCUUCCCCACUAUUGUCAGAGAUUUCCAAUCCAUCAUGGGAAAGGAAAUCAAGUGGCAAUUUAAAGCUAAGAAUGAUGGAAAAUUGCCAGACGCAAUCGUUGCCUGCGUCGGAGGAGGAUCCAAUGCUAUUGGUGCCUUCUACCCCUUUGUUGAGGAUAAGGAGGUCGCUUUGUAUGGAGCUGAGGCCGCUGGAAAGGGUAUUGAUGUUGAUGAAAACCACUGUGCAACUUUGACUGUUGGAACUCCAGGAGUCUUGCAAGGUGCCAAGACCUUUGUGAUUCAAAAGAAAUCUGGUCAAACAUUGAACACACACUCCAUCUCUGCCGGUUUGGAUUACCCCGGAGUUGGACCAGAACACGCUUACCUCAAGGAUAUCGGCCGUGCCACCUACGUUGGCAUCACUGAUGUCCAGUGCAUGGAGGGAUUCAAGAUGAUGUGCGAGUACGAAGGUAUCAUUCCUGCUUUGGAGACAAGUCACGCCAUCUACUAUGCUGUCCAGUUGGCCAAAGAAUUGGGACCUGGCAAAAAUAUUGUCAUCAACAUGAGUGGACGCGGGGACAAGGACAUGCCACAAGUCGCCAAGAUGAUGGGAGUCGAGGUGUAA